GGUCUUGGAAACUUUUAAUAUAUUGUACAAAAAAUAUUCAAGGAAAAUGACAAUUUCUAUUUAUGAUUUAAUUAAGGAUUCUCCUCCAGGAGAAGUAAAUGAUGUUUUUAAUGGGAAUUAUAUAUACAUUUAUGUAUAUGUUUUUAACAGGACUAUAGACAUACGUAUUCUCGUCAACAAUGAUAAGAGUUUUUUUGAAGAGAUUGUUCCAUGUCUUGAAAGAUAUAAUAAAGAACAAUUUACAAAUAUAAAGAUUCCAGGAUCUGAGGACGAAACCAUUAUUAGUCAAUUUAAUUAUGAAGAUGGACGUUUUUUUGAUCCUAUUUCAAAGAAAUCAUUUAUAUUUAAUCAUCUGGAUCUGCAAGUAUCAGAUGUUCAACCUUAUGAAAUAGAUGAAAAAAUAUCUGAAAGAAUAAAUGAUCUUUUGAAACCUUUGUUAAUUUAUUUAUCAGAACAUUUUCCAUCUUCAGUGAAUUAUGGAAUUUUUCCAGGAAAAAAUGACACAUAUUAUAUUAUUAUUGUUGGGAAUAAGUAUAAUCCUGUUAAUUUCUGGAAUGGACGCUGGCGUUCUUUUUACCAAUUUUCAGAAUCAUCGCCUGUUAUUACAGCAACAUUGCGGAUUGACGUUCAUUAUUAUGAGGAUGGGAAUGUUCGUUUAACAACGAAUCAUGAAUCUUCUUUUGAAGCUAAAAGUACUAACGGUUCAGAUAUUAUAGCAGCUAUUGCAGAGCAAGAAAAGAAAUAUCAGGAAGAAUUAAAUAUGACAUUUCAUGGCUUAAAUGAUCAUGAUUUUAAGAGUCUUAGGCGUCAAUUGCCAAUGACUAAGCAAAAAAUUAAUUGGGAAAAUAUAAGUAGUUUAAAGAUCGGGCAAGAUAUGGCCGGAAGAAAUCAAACAUAUUAAUUCUAUAAUACAUGUUAUUUACAGACAAAUUUAUUGUCUGUAAUAU